CGCGAAUAACACGCGUUGAAGUCUCACCUAGUGCUUGGUUGGUUUCGUGAUUGCAGCUGACAAAAGUAUAUUGUUGUCAAAGACUGCCAUCAUCACACAAGGCUAGUUCUGGUGCCGCAGACUGUUGUUCUUGUCUGGCACAAGAAAAAAUUAACGAGCUGCUCUUUGUAAAGGACUUAAUGAACGUGUCAUCGACCCGCUAACAUGGGGUAGUAUAGUGAAUGAACUGAUAGACAAAUUAGCAACAAUUGUAAUUUAGUGGAUUUUCUUAGUACAAAGGAGUGUGAUUAAGUGUUAGCCAUGUAUUCUAUGAACUAUAUUGGCAAGUUCAUCGCGAACUUCCGCGAUUUCUACAACGAGAUCAAUGGGGCUACGUUGACCGGCGCCAUCGAUGUGGUGGUGGUGGAGCAGCCUGAUGGUAGUUUCACGUGCUCGCCUUUCCACGUGCGCUUCGGCAAGCUUGGCGUGCUCCGUUCCAGGUUCAAAGUGGUGGACCUAGAGUUAAACGGUGAGCCGCUCAGCAUUCACAUGAAGCUGGGCGAAUCUGGCGAGGCGUUCUUCGUGGAGGAGGUCGGGGAAGACGAGGCCGAGUGCUCGGCGCACCUGGCCACCUCCCCCAUCCCGGCAGCUCGCUUCGAAGACCUCUAUGAGCCGCGACGCCGCAACUCCCUCUCAGCCGUAGAACCCGACCACGGACAAGCCUCUGACUACACUAAGCGGAGGUACACCGCUGAUGGACAAUCAAUGCAGAAGCCUAACAUAAGUAAACUAACAAAGAAAACCGCCAAAGAAGAGACAACAAAUGAUAACAAUGAAAAUGACGCUUUGUUUGAGAUGGAAGGACUCGAUGAAGCUUCAGAUUGGAACGACGGUAGAACGCCGAAGACAUUCGCGGCCACCCAAAUCGGAGCAGCAGGGAGCGAAGCUAGUCAAACAGUACAGAAAAUAAGUGCUAAUAAUGACUUUCGGCCUAUAGAAACUGCUCCUUCCAACCAAGAAGAUAUUAUGAAGCAAAACGGUAACGGGAAAAAGAAGAAGAAAACUAGGAAAAUGAGUUCCAAAAAGAAGCAUCAGCGAAAAUCGUCAACUAGUUCAAUAUCCAGCCAGUCGGAUAGAGCGGGGUCGGAGCAGCGCGCGUCCCAGCCAGCGCCCAUUCCUAAUGCUACUGACAUCAAUUUCUUUAGCGACACUGAAGUUAUUUCAGCAGCACUUAGCGAAGAGAUGUCCAACCUGAAGUUGAAUGGCGAGAACCGCAUCCCGUUGGCGUUGUCGGACACAGCGUUUGAGGUGCACGCCGCCUCCAGACACGCGGGUUCUCGCAACGGCACUCCAGUCCAGUCCGAUACCGAGGUUGAGCUGUCUCGGACUGCAGGGGGGGAUAAGUCCUCGCAAUCUUGGCGCUGGGGUGAAUUGCCCGAGCCACCGGUGCGGGGUGCCGAGUCACCCCCGUCGCCUGAAUCACCCGCUUCGCCCGCGUCUCCUGCAUCGCCAGCGGAACCCGCAUCACCCACCGAGCCGUUGAGCUCCGACGAAGAGCGGUCAGCGCGCCGUGGUGUUCUUUCUGGAAUGUUCCGCUUCAUGUCAGCGCGUGAAGCGACCGAGGUGGCCUCUGAAGGAGUCUAUUUAGAUGACCUGGACCGCGGGCAGGUCGACCCCGAUCUCUAUUUCCCCAAACACCACGCUGAGCGGUACCGAUCAGGGCCGCCCAGCACGACGAUACCGACGGCCGGCCCUACCGAGGAGGAGUACGAGUCUGGCAACGGGCCCUCGCUGCCGCAGUCGCCGGCUUCGCUCGAGCCACCUGCGCUUGACUCAGAUGACGACGAGAAACUUCUGGCCAAGGGCCAAGUGGGCGUGUACGUGCGCGAAGACGUCGUAUCUCGCGCGCUACCGUUCGAGGAGUUCUGCGCGCGCGGCGCCACAUUAGCGGGCGAAGGUCGGCUGCUGGUGCGGCUGGGCGACCGCUGGCUGCCGUGGCGCAGCGCCGGCCCGCUGCUGCUGUCGCUGCUGGCAUACCGCCGUCCGCUGCCCAACCGCGUGCUGGAGUCCCUUGAGAAGGGGUCUGAGAAGGAGGGCGGGGAGGCGGCGCGCGCGGCGGACGCGGCCAAGCCGCGCGGCUACUCGUGGUGGAGCUGGCGCCGGUCCACUUCCGAGGCUAAGCACACUGAUCCAAUUCUCGCCAAAGAUGAUGCUGAAAAGAAAACAGAACUACCACAAGUUGAAAUAGUCACAGAGACGAUGAAAGGCAGCACAGAGCCUCAGUCUGCUGAGGAGGUCUUGGAAGACAAGACUGUCCUGGGCGAUGAGAUGGAACCACAGGCAUUGUUAGAGAACCCAGUUGAGAUUGAAAUGGAGAAGGCAGAACCUGAAAAUACUCUACCUCAUCAAGAGAAAGAAGACCGCCAUGAUCAGAGCUCCUCUGAUUCAGACCAAGAAGGCAAACCUCAAAAGCCAGCACGCAGAUAUUCAUCGUUCCGCAAAACCUUGCGGUUGUCGUCGGAACAAAUUAAAAACCUGAAUCUCCGCGAAGGCAUGAACGAGAUGGUGUUCAGUGUGACAACAGCGUAUCAGGGCACAACCCGGUGCAAGUGCAACGUCUUCCGCUGGCGGUACGACGACAAGAUUGUCAUAUCCGACAUCGACGGAACCAUUACCAAAUCGGACGUGCUUGGCCACAUAUUCCCGCUGGUCGGCAAAGAUUGGGCCCAGUCCGGCGUAGCUCAAUUGUUUACCAAGAUCAAGAACAACGGAUACCAACUGCUGUACUUGUCAGCAAGAGCGAUCGGGCAAGCUAGGGUAACUCGCGAGUACCUACGCUCAAUCCGCCAAGGCGAGGUGUGCUUACCAGACGGACCACUUCUCCUGAACCCUACGUCACUACUACGCGCCUUCCACCGAGAGGUCAUCGAGAAGAAGCCGGAGGAAUUCAAGAUCCAGUGCCUGGCUGACAUCAAGGCGCUCUUCCCACACGGGUCCAACCCCUUCUACGCUGGAUACGGAAACAGGGUUAAUGACGUAUGCGCAUACCAAGCUGUCGGCAUUCCGAUCGUGAGAAUAUUCACAAUCAACUACAAGGGAGAACUAAAACAUGAAUUGACGCAGACAUUCCAAUCGACGUACUCCCACAUGUCGGUGCUAGUUGACCAAGUGUUCCCGCCGGCGCUGUGCGAGCCUAGCGACGAGUUCUCUCAGACGGUCUACUGGCGGGAGCCGCUACCCACGAUCGACUUGCCACCAGUUGUUGUGCCUCCAACGAAAAACCAUUAAUCACCUAUGUGUAUGACACUUCAACAUUAAACCCUAAAAACGGUAUUUAAGUUAAAAAUGACAACCUAAAAGACAAAACUUAGGACAAAUUUUGGCUACAAUUUGAGAAGUUCAUAUUUGAAAUUGCCAGUAAUAAACUGGCCGUGCUGUCGUUUCAAGUGUUUAUUAAGCGUGUAAGUCUGUAGUUGUGAUGUGCAUGCUUUCGAUGGAAUGUAUGAUUAUCAAAUUAUUUGUAGUCGAUGCAAGCAGUAGCUACAAUUUUUAGAUUUUCAAUUUGUAUCUCAAUAAUUAUGUAACUUUAAGAAUCGUUGCACCUGAGCAUAACCGUUGCAUCUACAUUACACUUUGCACAAACAUACUUAUCGUCGUUCUGUUUCUCGUCCUGAUUUGUGCGCCUAAUUGAUUUAGAUUAUCUAGCUAGCUAUCCUAGGUACAAAGUAAAUAGUUAAUUUAUUUUUUAAUGGGACAGUCAUUAUGUAAAUGGCGUAUGAAAGUAUGGUGUGAUAUAGGACCUCGAUUUACAGUGCUGUUAAGCAAUAUUUAGGAAUUUACAGUAUUUAAUUUCAGGUAAAUAAAAAUAAUUUCGGGCUACAGUUACGUAUGACAUUUUAUUGAAUAUCGCCACUUUAAAUGCUAUUAUGUUCAUACUUCCAUGAACUGUAGCUUAGUGCUUAGGAUUUAUGUGGAUUGACAUCUCAAUAAAUACCUAAUGUAACGUCCUUUUUCAUUAGUGAACUUUAUAGAAGGUGGUUGUUGGUCUAACAUUAAUUUGUGAUACUUGCCCAUUUAUUUAUGCUGUCAACACAAUAAACUUUGUUACGCGAUCACUUGUGCCUGGGGAUCAUGUAAUCUUCUUGGUUUGAAAUUACGGCAUGGCUGUGUCAUUACACAGCCAUGCCGUAAUGCCAUAUAAAGUAUCACUAAUAAAAAUGGACAAUAAAACAUCUGCUAAAGCUAAUUUAAAAAUUGACAUAAACACAUAGAUACUUACAUUAGGGUUUCUGUGAAAGUGAGCAGUCGUAGUUUUUUGGUUCUGCCGUUGCGUAGCUGUGAUGUCGUCGACUGAUUAAACAAUGCUUUAUUUUUAUACUGUGAUUACUUAUUAUGUAUGGUACGUCUGCUAGCUAAGUAAUAUUUAUGUUAAAAGUAUACAUUCACACACAUUCAUGUUACUGAGGCGUAGCUUCAAUUUGAUAGCUUUGUCAUUGUAAAUUUUAUAAUAUGAAUUUUUAGUGAUAAUUAGUAAAAUGUUUAUUUCUUUAAGUUAUUAUAAUU